CGCCGCCCCCUCGGUGCCGGUGCCGGUGCCGGUGCCCGGGCAGCGCCGCCCCACGCCGAGCCCAGCGCAGCGGCAUGGCGGGCCGUGGCCGGGGGCCCUGCCGCCGCUGCCCGCCGCUGCCCGUCCCCCUGGGGCUCUGCCUGUGCCUCUGCUGCCUGCUGCCGCUCGCCGCCGGCUCCUGGAGCCCGGCCGCGCUGCAGCCCGCCGCCCGCAGCAACUGGUGCUCCUACACGGUGACACGGACAGUGUCGUGCCACGUCCAGAAUGGCACCUUCCUCCAACGGGUCUUUCAGGGCUGCCGCUGGCCCCUGGCCUGCAGCGGGGGCAGCUACCGCACCAUCGUCCGGCCCAUCUACAGGGUGACCUACAAGACGCUGACAGCGCUGGAGUGGAGGUGCUGCCCUGGACACACCGGGGCCAACUGCGAGGAAGAGGCUCACUCCUUCCUCACCCUGCGGGACGCUGGGCGCCCCGGCACUGCCGCACGCCGGCCCUCCCUGCGCCCCACAGCUUUCUCAGGGUGCCUGAACUGCAGCCGUGUUGAGGAGCUGACAGCCCGGCUUGCCACCCUCGAGGCUCAGGUGGCCCGGCUGUCAGUGGCCGAACCCCACACCUCCCCAGCACCCAAAGGCAGCACCCCGGGUGGGGGGCCAGAGGCUGGGCAGCUCUGGGGGUCUCCAGCUGCCCGCGGGAGCCCUGGGGAUGAUGCUACAGGGACACACGGCUGGCGGGGACCCUCUGGCCCCAAGGGAGACGCGGGAGGACGGGGACCGUCGGGCAUUCCUGGGGUGAAGGGUCCAGCGGGGCCACCAGGUCCCCCUGGCCCCCCAGGACCACCUGGCCGGGAUGGAGCCAGGGGGCUCCCUGGAGAGAAGGGGUCACCUGGACCCCCUGGACCCCCAGGGCCCCCUGCCCCUGUGGGGCCAGCAAUAGCCCGCAUGGCCGAGCCAAGGGACCCGAUCCUCUCCAACACCUUCACGGAAGCUGCCAGGGGCAUCGUGGGUCCUGCCGGACCCCCUGGACCCGUGGGGCCAAUGGGUCCUCCCGGCCCCCCGGGUCCCAUUGGGCCACCCGGCCCCCCAGGACCUGACGGUAGAGCCGGGGCACCCGGAGCUGCCGGCCCCCCCGGGGAGAAGGGAGACAGGGGUCCCCAGGGCCACCCGGGCAGCCGUGGGCAGGACGGGGCACAGGGCGAGCCGGGCCCCAGGGGCGAACCGGGAGAGAAGGGCACUUGGGCCAGUAGCUUCCAAACCCUCCUGCGGCAGCAGGCCCGGCUGGAGGUCCUGGCUAGAAGGGUCACCUUGCUGGAAGCCAUCAUCUGGCCAGAACCAGAGCCUGGCUCAGGCGGUGGCCCCCCCAGCACAGCGGCCCCCCGGCCACCCCGCGGCAAGCGUGGCAGCAGCCAACCCCCCUACCGCAUUGUGGCCCCCCACCGUCAGCCCACCGGCAAGCAGUGACAGAGCCUGGGGGGGUCACCCACUGUCACCCCUCACCCUGUGCCCACCACCGUGCUGGUAUGGGCAGCUGCAUCACCCCAUGGGGGGGCAGGACGAGGGUCACCCACCGGUGUCCCCCUGGCCCCACAGGGCACUUGGUGC